CAGGAUGGUUCAUGCUAAGAGAUGGACCCUGAAGAAGCACUUUGUAGGCAACCCUACUAAUAGUGACUUUGAGUUGAAGACAGCCGAGCUCCCGCCCUUAAAAAAUGGAGAGGUCCUGCUUGAAGCUUUGUUCCUCACCGUGGAUCCCUACAUGAGAGUGGCAUCCAAAAGAUUAAAGGAGGGUGAUACAAUGAUGGGGCAGCAAGUGGCCAGAGUUGUGGAAAGUAAAAACUCAGCCUUCCCAACAGGAACUAUUGUAGUGGCUUCUUCAGGCUGGACAAUGCACUUCAUCUCUGAUGGGAAAGAUCUGGAAAAGCUGCCAACAGAGUGGCCAGAUACAGUACCACUGUCUUUGGCUCUGGGGAACGUUGGCAUGACAGGCCUAACUGCUUACUUUGGCCUACUUGACAUCUGUGGUGUGAAAGGUGGAGAAACAGUGAUGGUUAAUGCGGCAGCAGGGGCAGUGGGCUCUGUUGUAGGGCAGAUAGCAAAGCUCAAGGGCUGCAAAGUUGUUGGAGCAGUGGGAGCUGAUGAAAAAGUUGCCUACCUUAAAAAACUUGGAUUUGAUGUUGUCUUUAACUAUAAGACAGUAGAGUCUUUGAAAGAAACUUUGAAGAAAGCCUCUCCUGAUGGUUAUGAUUGUUAUUUUGAUAAUGUAGGCGGAGAGUUUUCAAACAUUGUUAUCCCCCAGAUGAAGAAAUUUGGAAGAAUCGCUAUAUGUGGUGCCAUCUCUACAUAUAACAGUACUGGUCCACUUCCCCCAGGCCCUCCCCCAGAGAUUAUUAUCUAUCAGCAACUCCGCAUGGAAGGGUUCCUCGUCAACCGCUGGCAAGGAGAUGCCCGCCAACAAGCGCUUAAGGACUUGCUGAAAUGGGUCUCAGAGAUCAAAAAAGAAAAUGAAGAUUCUUCAAAGCAGAAAAAACAAAGGAGUAUGUAUCAUUCAUUGUUACUUUAGAAGGCAAUGUUCUGCAUAGGCCUACUUUACAAAAGGACUAUAAACAUUUAGAACAUCAGUGGGGAACCCCACCACCACCCCUGGAAGAGCUACAGACAGAUUGAGGAAAGCUUGCAGGUUAUUGCCACCAAUCUAUAGAGAGAGAAAUCUGAGAACUCCAACCUGGAAGAACCUCUCAUCAUUAGACUCCAUAAGAAAAGAGUUCGAGAGAAAUCUCACCUAUGCUCUCAAGGCAGAAAACAUUUUGCUCAGAAACCACAACUUACUGAGCACCAGAGGAUUAAUUCAGGAGAGGGAUCUCACAAGUACCCUGGCCUGACAAAUGUUUCCUUAGUUGAGACCUUUAUGGACACCCAAUGCUUCCAAAAAAGGGAGAAACCCCCAAAUGUGUUAUACUUUAUGGAAAGCACUUUGACAAUGUGUUUCAAGAAUCUUAAAAUAUUUCUCCCCAGUGAUUGAGUUCCGUAUCUGAAAAACUAUUCUGAGGGGAAAACAAAACAAUAGCAAAACAAAAAUAAGUCUUUAUUGACAUACACCCAAAGAACCUUCAGUAGCUCUCUACUGUAUCCACAAAUAAAAGAAUGAAGAUGGAUAUGACACCAAGAGCACAGGCAACAAAAGAAAAAAUAGAUAAACUGGACUUCACCAAAAUUAAAACCUGUCUUCAAUGGACACUUGGAACAGAGUAAAAAGGCAACCCACACAGAAUGGAAGAAAAUAUUUGCAAA